GCAGGCUAGAACACAACCUCUCUGAAUUUGGCAGAAAAGACAGGCACAUGCCCUUGUGUGAACUGAGCAUACAGAACUUGAGAUAAUGGCAGCUGACAACAUUGAACAGAAUCCACCAAACCGGGUUGGAAGAGCUCCCUCUCCACCACUGGGUUUCUUCUACAACAUAAAGUUGUUUGUGUUUUGUCAUGGAAUACUACAACUAUCUCAGCUUCUGGUCUCUGGAUACUUAAAAGCCUCAAUAUCCACAAUUGAGAGAAGAUAUGGUUUUACUAGUCAGAAAUCAGGACUUUUUGCAGCUUUUAAUGAGGUGGGGAACACAGUUCUCAUUGUGUUUGUGAGUUUCUUCGGCAGCCGUGUGCACAGGCCUCGUUUCAUUGGUAUUGGGGCGAUGAUAGCAAGUGCAGGUGUUUUUGUCAUUGCACUACCUCACUUUCUUAGUGGUCCAUACAAAUACUCUGGAUUCAUGAACAGCACCAAAAAGAACAGUUCUGAAAUAUGCCAAACAAAGGACCUUUCAAAUUCUGACUGGCAAGGUCAAAACUGCAGCCAACAAGACACAAUUGUCUAUAAAGAAGUUUUUCCCAUACUACUUCUGGGCCAGUUACUAUUGGGAGUUGGUGGUGUUCCAAUUCAACCCUUUGGAAUUUCAUAUAUAGAUGAUUUUGCCAGUAAGAGAAACUCACCUUUUUACCUUGGCAUCCUUUUUGCUGUGACUGUGAUUGGCCCCGCUUUCGGGUACAUUUUGAGUGCACUCUUGCUACGUUUUAAUGUGGAUAUUGACAAGCUUUCUCAAGAUGAUAUAAGAAUAGAUAGAGAUGAUCCAAGAUGGAUUGGCGCCUGGUGGUUGGGAUUCCUAGUGGCUGCUUCAUUCCUCUUUCUCAGCUCCAUGCCUUACCUUUUCUUCCCAAGGACAAUGCCAAAACAGGAAACCACAAUGAAUAAACCACACAGCCCUGAACUGGAGAGAGGAAUCAAUGUUGAAAAAUCAAAACCUGACCAGAUGCAGGAACUCACCCUCAUACAGUUCAUUAAAAGUUUCCCCAAUACUGUGAUGAGAACACUGCGAAACCCCACCUACCUCCUUGUGGUUCUCGGUCAAAUCAACCUUGCUGCUAUGUUGGCUGGCCUUGCUACUUUUAUGGCUAAGUUCAUUGAAAAGCAGUUCACUUUAACAGCCUCCUUCUCCAACAUAAUGAUUGGAGGUGUGAUUAUUCCCUCAGCUACUCUGGGCAUAAUGACUGGAGGACUAAUUAUGCGCAGACUUGGUCUUUCUGUAAGAGGGUCGGCCUUAAUGUGCACAGUUUCUGUCCUUGUUUGCAUCAUUUUUGCUGUGCCCCUACUUUUCCUUGGCUGUCCCACACAAUCAAUUGCUGGACUAAAUAUUUCCAAGCAAAAUAACUCCAGUGAUUGCAGUGUGCCGUGCUCUUGCUCAGACGAAGCCUUCAAUCCAGUCUGUGGAUCCAAUGGUGUGGAAUUUAGGUCUCCAUGCCAUGCAGGCUGCAAAACAGCAGUAUUUGAUGACACAACCAAGAAUGUGGUAAACUACACAGACUGUGGAUGCAUUGACCUGCAAAGCAUUCCAAGUUAUGCUGUGCCAGGUGACUGUGGCAGCAAUUGUACCCAUCUCCUCCUUCCCUUUAUGGUGCUGUCCUCCCUUACAUGCUGCAUUGCCUCCCUCUCUCAAACACCGUCCUUCAUGAUGAUAUUGAGGACUGUCACUCCUGAGUACAAAUCGUUUGCCCUUGGAAUCCAGUUCAUGCUCUUCCGUGUUCUAGCAUUUUUUUGCCAGCACCUGUCCUGUAUGGAAAGGCCAUAGAUACAACUUGUAUUCUGUGGGGGGAAAAGUGUGGGAAACAAAUGGCAUGCCAGUACUACGAUCUGGAUAAGUUCAGACAGAGAAAUGCUUGAGGGUGUGGUAUUCCUCAAAGCAGGGAGUCACACACAGUGGUACAUCACAGGGGACACACAUGUGCUUGGUGGCCUUCCGCAGCUGUUGACGCCUGGCUGUUGUCUGGCAGACCCUGCAACGCCUCCUUGUGCGAAUACCCUGCUGAGAUGUCUGUGUCACCAGUGAUGGGAAGUGGCGAGCAGUGAGACGGACUGGGUUGUCAAGUGUUGGACGGCCACCACUUGAAGGCCUCCUCGCAGUGUGGAAUUCCUCCAGCAGCUGAUGUGCCAAGUUCUCUCUAAACCGAGCAUAUGUCAUCUCCUGUCUGGUCAAUUCAUGGUGGAGCACAUAGCUAUUGAAAACAGCCACGUCCAGCACAUAAAAAAAUAGCUUCUUGUACCACUUGAAGGACUUUCAAGCACAGUCAACAAAGGUGUUUCGUUUAUCUAAAUUAUCCACAGAUCCCAUUUUCUUGUUAUAUUCCACCACACAGACUGGCUUCACCACUCCUUGACCUGUGGCAUAGUCCACUUUGCCCGUUGGUAGCAUGUCUCCGGAGUGCACAGUGGACAAAACAUGCACAUCACGCCUAUCAUCCCAUUUCACAGCCAGCAUUUGUCCAUUAUUGAAAAAUGCAGCAUCCUCUUUAGACAUUUUUUUAGGGAAAUGUGCCAUGCCUUUCCUGUUGGCUCA